GCGCGCGGCGGGUACUGGGGUUGGCCGGGCUCUUUUGUUCGAGGGAGGCGGACGGAGAGCGGCCAGGCCCGCGGCGCCACCCGACCCGCCCCGCCCGCCCGCCCCCGCGCCCCGCAGGCCCCUUCCCCUCGGCAACCGUUGGCGGGGCUGUGCAAGCAGCGUCGCCCGUAAGCUGAAAAACUGGCCAGCACAAUGGGAAAAAAACAGAACAAGAAGAAAGUGGAAGAGGUUUUAGAGGAAGAGGAGGAGGAGUAUGUGGUGGAGAAGGUCUUGGAUCGGCGAGUGGUAAAGGGCAAAGUGGAAUACCUGCUGAAGUGGAAAGGCUUCUCGGAUGAAGAUAACACAUGGGAGCCAGAGGAGAACCUCGACUGCCCAGACCUCAUUGCAGAGUUCCUUCAAUCCCAGAAAACUGCACAUGAGAGCGAGAAGUCUGAGGGAAGCAAACGCAAAGCGGAGUCUGACACAGAGGAUAAAGGGGAGGAGAGCAAACCAAAGAAGAAGAAGGAGGAGUCGGAGAAACCACGAGGCUUUGCCCGGGGAUUUGAGCCAGAGCGAAUCAUUGGUGCCACGGAUUCCAGCGGGGAGCUCAUGUUCCUGAUGAAGUGGAAGAACUCUGACGAGGCCGACCUGGUCCCUGCCAAGGAAGCCAACAUCAAGUGCCCCCAGGUGGUCAUCUCGUUCUAUGAGGAGAGGUUGACAUGGCAUUCCUACCCCUCAGAGGACGAUGACAAGAAAGAGGACAAGAACUAACCCCUGGCACCCGCUCUGGCCAGCCUUUGUAUAAAGAUCUGAACUGUGGGUUUGAGCAAGAGGGAGAGAACGCAGCUCUGCUUGGUUGGGAGCGUAGAGAUGGCUGGAGAAGAUGCCCUUUGAAGAGACCAGUAUGGUUUCUGUGCCCUGCAGCUGCUCAACUGCUUUAUGCAGCUUCAUGCUGUGUACAGAUUCAAACCAGCCCGGCUCAUUUUGGGGGGGGGUGGGGAGGGAAGGGCAGGGGGAUACUGGGGAUGUUGGGGGAGGAAUUUGGGGGGUUUGUUUCAAGGCUGUCUAUUUUGCAGCUUGUGGGAGAGGAAGCAAAGCCCCUUCCAUGAAGGACUGUCACUGGUGAUGGGUGGGCUGGGGAAAGGGAGUGCAGAUGGAUACUGCUUAUUCUUCAAAGACCAUCUCAGCAACCCACAGCCUUCUUCCCAAUAGUGUUAACUCUGCAUUUUUACGGCGUAGCAUGUGUGUAGGUUGUUUGUUUUUUUGGUUUUUUUUGUUUGUUUGUUUGUUUUCUUUUGCUAUUUACUGGUGUAUCGGUUUGGGGGACUGGGGGGGAGGGAUGUGGGGAAAUUGUUUAAUUGGGGAGGGAGAUGAGAUCUGGUGACAAUGUUCCAGAUCAUUUCCAGAUCUUUUUUAGAACCUGAAUUCAGUAAAGGAAAAAAAAAA